GCUCGUUUGCAGUUUCAUUUUAUCAAAUUUUACUAAAAUCCGGCGAACAGCGAGCAUUCGCUUAGACUUAGUUGGUCUAAACUGUUGGCCACACUGUUAUUAUGAACAAUUUUAACUAGAAAUUUCAUUUGAAAGAUCUAGAUCAUGUAUCUUCAGUCGUAACAAAUCGGACGAAAAAAUUAAAUCGAUCUAAUUCUUUGCAUGUAUGAACGACGUUGGAGGACCAAUAUCUGUGUAGUAUAAUUUCCAUUUAUUUGAAUCUUCGUUUCAUUCGUUCGUUCGUUCGUACUUUGUACUAAAAGAGCAAAUUUUCUUGAAUUUGCAUACUGUUUUUUGUAGUGUUUUAGGUUUUUUCAAGCUAUGGAUUUGCAGAGGAACAUAGCAGCUAGAUUAGUGGAUAUUUGCGCCUACAUAAAAUGUAACAAUAGUCGACUUCGAGGAAAUCAUCUUUAUUGCUUUCCGAAAGAAAACAAUCCGCUUCGUAAAGAAUGGAUUUCAAGAGUUGGCAAUCCAGCUCUACAAUAUUAUGCUAGCUCUACCAUAAGAAGAAUGGGUAUCUGUGCUGAACAUUUCUCACCUGAAAUGUUUAAACCAAACCGUACACAAAAUAUCAGUAGAAGGAAAAUGUUGAAAAUGGAUGCUGUACCUCAACCACCAAAAGAUAUAUUAGAAAAUAAAGAAGAAAAAGAAGAGGAUGUACAUGAAAGACAGCUGGUGAGAGAAGAAGGGGAAAAAGGAAAUGAAGAAGGAAGAAAAGGGGACGAACAACAAUGCGACUACCAACAACGACAACAGCAACAACAAAAUGCAAGAGAAGAAGAGGUAGCAAAAGAAGAAGAAGAAGAAAAAGAAUUACGUGUUAAUAAACCAUUGCUGAAUUAUACAAGAGUGCCAUUUACAUUUUGUGACAAUGAGGAUACAAUGCAAUGGGUAAUGAUUGAACCAGAAAUGACAAAUUACAAAGUACAAAUUGAAAAUUCUCAAAAUAAAACAUUUUGUGAAAUGAAAUUGGAAAAUGAAUGUGUUCAGCUCAUGAAAGAGAAUAGAGAUUUAAAAGCACAAUUAAAAUAUCUGAAACAAAAAGUCAAACGAAUCAAAACCUCCAGAGAUCAUUUUUAUAACAAGUUGCGCAAAGUAGAGACUGUGGAUGAAUUUUUAGAUAGACAUGGGUGUAAAAGCAACGUCGUAAGGACUUUCAUUAAGUUGCAACUGAAAGGUGAAAAUUUGUCAUAUACAACCGAAGAACAAGAUUUAGCAAAAAUGAUAUUUUACAAUUCUGCAUCAGUUUAUAAUAAACUAAGGAUAAGCGGAUGUCAUUUACCAGCUGAGAGCACAAUACGGAGGUGGGUCUGAAUCUAUAAUUCAAAGAAAAAAAAUGGAGAAGAGAUGGAAGCAACCAUUAGCAUAUUUCUGAGUUUUACCAGAAACAGAAGAAAUGAAAAGUGAUGAAGUAAUUGCAUUACUAAAAAUAUGCUUAACACAAUUAAAAGAAGGGUUCAUUUUUCAUUUAUGAAAGUACAAUGUAUUAUGCGACUUUCAAUUUUCUUUAUCUAAUUAAACACUUACUUGUGCAAUUAAGAAAUCAUGAAAAUAUUAGGAGUAUGUUGGGAAUUGUAAUUGUAAUUGUUGGAUUAGUUGUUUAAGUUUUUCAUUUAUUGUAUCGUUUUUCGUUAUAUGAACACCAAAUUUUUGCAAAUACAUCUUUCGAAAUAUGUCACUGUUGUGCUAUUUUACAAAGAACAGGAAUUUAAACAUUAUAACUUAAUAAUGUAUUUAUUUACGUAUAUUUAAUCGGAUGUGCUUAAAUAAUAGAAAUUAAAACUGUAUUAGAAAGCAUUUUUUGACAAUAUAUUUGUUACAAAUUUAUACAUGAACUAAUCAAUUUAUGUAUAAUCCGACGAAAUUUUUAUGUAACACUUUUCAUGAAAAAUAUCUGAAGUAUGCCCAUGCACGGAUCAAUGUAAUGAAAUUUAAUUUUCAAAUAUUUCAAAUACUCUAAUUAAUUUUAUUUUCAACUACAUAAUUACAAUAAAGUGACAAAAGGGAAUAAGAAAGUCACCUUUUAGUUUUAAAUCUGUACACUUUUUUUAUACAUAUAAUGCGGUUAUAUACUAGUAAUAUAAAUAAAGGUAUAUGUAUAAAUAGAAUCCUUUUUUAUUAUAA